AAUCCAUCUGAACCAGCUGGUUGACAAGCCAGGGAGAGAGCAACCGAGUGAGCUUAGCCUUAGCUUGGUGGCCCAGUCGCUAGUGAAACGCGGGAGCCCUGCGACAAUUCACGGAUCGUGUUGUUUUUUUUUUUCCAUACAUACGUGUGCGAGAGAGGAUUUAUUAUAAAAAAAAAAUAUUAAAUAAUCAUAAUAAUAAUCCAAAAAGGGAAAAAAAAAAAAAGAAACUUCUCUCUCCCUUUUUCAUCAAUUCGUUAACUCGCGCUCGUUUUUGUCAUCAUCAUCAUCAUCUUGAUUACAAUUCAAUCAGUUAUUAUAAUUAUUAUUUAAAAAAACAAAUGAGAAAGUGUUUUUUAUUUAUUUAAAAUAAAUAAAUUAAUAAUUGACCUAGAUUUAUUAAAUUCAUUGUUGAUAUUAUACUUUUUUUUCAUCAUCAUAAUCAUCAAGGUGGUUCCCGCGCACUUAUUAUUAUUAUCAUUAUUAUUUAUAUUAAUUUUUAUAAAAAUUAUUAUAAAAAGUGUUAAAGCUAUUAUUAAUAAUUAUAAUUUAAAUAAUAAUAUAAAAAUAAUUUACUCCAAAAUUGAUUUAAAAAUAAUAAUUAAUUUAAAAGUGUUAAAAAUUGGUGGUGUCAGUCUGUGUCGUGGUGUUCUUCACCCACUUAAAAUCAUACAACAUAUACAACAAUUACUAUAUAUAUGACACAGUGACGACAAUAUUGAAAAUAAUAUUAAAAAAUAUAUUUACAGACAUAAACACACGUUCUUAAAUACCACACCUACAACUUGAUAUAAAUCAUAUACAUAUAUUUUAACUAACACACACACAAAUUGAGGAAAAAAAAAAAAAAAUUAGUCAGUCAGUCAGUCAGUGUGUGUUUGGUGCGCGGAAACGACUCGCAAGAUGGCCGCUGAUUCAGGAAUGGAGACGUGUCCCUCCCCAGAAAUUGCGGAUUCCAGAAAACGUCCUUUGGAUUGUGACGCUGAUAACGGAUCAACAAAAAGAUCACAUUACGGUUCAGGAGGAGAUGGAAUGUAUCAUCUCAAAGUACUUGUUCCGGGGGUGGCAGCAGGUGCCAUCAUUGGUAAAGGGGGCGAGACCAUCGCCCAAUUGCAAAAAGACAGCGAGGCCAGGGUCAAAAUGUCCAAGGCUAGAGACUUUUAUCCAGGUACAUCAGAACGUGUAUGUUUAAUAACUGGUAGUGUUGAAGCAAUAAUGUUAGUUAUGGAUUUUAUUAUGGAAAAAAUACGUGAAAAGCCAGAUUUAACGUCAAAAACAACAGUUGAUUUUGAUUCUGGUAAAGCAUCAGCUGAACGAGACAAGCAGGUUAAAAUACUUGUACCAAAUAGUACUGCUGGUAUGAUUAUUGGAAAAGCAGGAAAUUAUAUAAAACAAAUAAAAGAAGAAUCUGGUUCAUAUGUUCAAAUAAGUCAAAAAGCUAAAGAUUUAUCAUUACAAGAACGUUGUAUAACUGUUAUUGGUGAAAAAGAAAAUAAUCGUAAUGCAUUAACAAUGAUAUUAUCUAAAAUUGCUGAUGAUCCACAAAGUGGUACAUGUUUAAAUGUCAGUUAUGCUGAUGUUAGUGGUCCAGUUGCAAAUUAUAAUCCAACUGGUAGUCCAUAUGCACAAGCACCAACUGCAACACCAACUUAUACAUCACCAGCUGGUUUAAAUGCUGUUAGUUUAUUAAAUGGUGCUGGAUUGAGUUUAAAUUUAAAUUUAGGCGCAGCAAUAACAGCUGGUAAUGCACCAGUUACAAAUCAAGUUGUUGAACAUAUUAAAUUAACACUAAGAUCAUCUGGUUUUUCUGAUCAAGCAUCUGCUGAAAUAAUAACAGCAAUAGUUACACUUGCAAAAUAUAAUAUUCUUGGUAUGGGUAUGGGUAUUGGUAUGCCAUCAAGUGGCAUUAGUUAUCUUGGUACACCAAUGGAUGGUACAACAAGUGCAAAUGGCUCAAAUAAUAAUGGUGGUGUAUUUGGACCAAUUGGUACUGUAUCAGGUUUAGGAUCAACAUCACCAACACCAAGAAGCACCCUAGAUCGUUAUGAAACAUUUGAUCCAUUUAGACAGAAUAAUACACAACCUGGUGCAAUACAUCUCAACAACAAUUCAUUUGGACUUGGAACAAAUCAAUUGUCACUAGAAAAAUAGCUUCACGGCAAGGCAAUGUACGACGAGCAAGGACUAUACGGAAAUGGAGCUUUCUACUGCGUACCUGACAAUUUAUCAAAAGUUUGAUCAAACAAUAAUGGUUGAUAAUAACACACACACUAUGACACUAAUUGUCCUCGUGAUGCGACAACCCAAGUAUGCCGAGAAGCUGAUUUUCCUUAAAUAAACCUUACCCGGAAGAUACUGUUCACAUUUGUCGAUAUAUAUUUAUAUAUAAAUAACAAUAAUUUUUUAUAUAUUUAUAUAUAUUGACUAGCUAUGAAAAUUUAAAAUAGGUAAGCGUCAAAGAGAUGUGUUUACAGACUACCUUAAUUAAUGUGGUCAAAUUGUUUCAUUAUUAUCAAUAUUCAAUUUUUUUUUUUUUCAUUUCUUUUUAAUUGUUUUCUGUUUUCUUAAUUAUUAUUAUUCUCAUUGACUAUUGCAAUCUUGGCCUGUUUUUUUUUUUUUUUUUUUUUUUUUUCGAUUUCUAUGAGAAAAAGAAAUUUUUUUUUUUUAUAAUUGUUUUUAUAUUUUGAUGUCAAACACACAUUACUUUUUGUGUUAUUUUUUUUUAAUUGUAUAUUUAUAUAUUAACGUUUAAUGGUCUAAUUGAAAAAUAAAAAAAAAAUAAAUAUAAUCAAUUUCUAAUGAUAUUUUACAAAAUUAUAAUCAUGUGUAUUAUUUUGUUUUUUUUUAAAUUGAAAAAAAAAAAAAGUGAAUAUUAAGUCUGUGUGCAUGUCUCUUUGGUGAUUGCAUUGAUAAAAAAAAUAAAAAAAAUAUAAAUUGUAGUACAUUGUGUAAUGAAAGACAAUUUAAAAUAAAAUAUAAAUUGACUUUUUUUAAUAACAUUGAUUCUACAAUAUUAGAAAUUGAACAUGUAAUGUAGCAAAAAUAAUAUUUAUGCUACUUUCGAGUUGUUGUUGAUGUUAAAAGUAUUUAAUACACAAUAAAACAAAAUACAUUAUAAAUUCAAAGCCAUUAUUAUUUGUAAUUAAAUGUAAUUCAUUCAAACUAGCCAAAAUUAUAUCAAUCUGAAUGAAUUACGUUUUAUUAAAUAAUAACAUUCAAAACUGUCAAAGAUAAAUUAAUUCAUUAAUAAUAUAUUCAUCAUCCAACAACAUUUGAUUAAUAAAAAAUAAUUUAAAAAAAAAAAUACAAAUUAUAAUUAAAUUUCAUUUCGUCAUUAACAAACACACAUGUACUUUUCUUUUUUUAAUUUUUUUUUUAAAUUAAAUUUAAAAGAACAAUUAAUAAUUUAAAAAUUUUAAAAAUAUUUUUUUUCACAUUUCUACAUCACAAGUACAUGUGUGUCAUAAAUAAAUUCACAACAUAAUAAUUAUAAUAAAAGAAAAAAUUGUAAUUAAUAUCGAAAAAAAAAAAAAAAGUAAAAUUCAUUUUCAUUAUUAUGGCUAAGCUAGUAAUUGUAAAAUAAAAAAAUGAAAUUAAGUAAAAUAAUUAAAUAAAAAAAAAAUACUUAAAAGAGUAAUUUUAAGAAAAAAAUAAAUAAAAAAACUCUUUUAAAUUUUUUUUUUAGUUAAUAAUUUAUCUCACCAUACAAGAUGACAAUUAUUUAAAAUUAUUGUCACAAUACUUGGCUGUGUGUGCUAGGCUAUACAUUCAUCAUUAAAAAUCAUUUUCAAUGAAAUAGAUUACGUUAAAAAAUUCAUAAAUAUAUUAAAUAUAUUUCUUAACAAAUAAAUAUCUAAAUUCAAUUCACACUUAUACAUGUAUACGUAUUCAUAAUUAUACACACACACACAAACAUACAUCAACAUUAUUAUUAAUAUUAUUAUUAUUAUUAUUAUUAUUGUUAUAUUGAAAAAGAAAAGAAAAAAUACAUUCAUAACAUUAAAACAACAUCAUGUACCAAUUUCACAAACUUCAUUAUUCCUUAAUCGUCGAACGAUUUAAAGAAAAUAAGUAAUAAUAUCGAAAUAGAAAAUUUAAAAAAAGAAUAUAUAUAUAUAUAUUAAUUAAUUAAAUAGUUAUACAGAAUUUAAGUAAUAUAUGUCAGUUUAUAGAAAUUUUUGUUUUUCUCUCUUCAUUGAUGAUUGUGCCAUAAUUUUUGUGGACAUUUCAAUAAUUUUUUUUCAUUCAUUAUUAUUAUUAAACGUUUAAUUAACGUUAAUUAAAGCUGAAAUUGUUAAAAUAAUUCAUAGUUGUUGGUAAUGAUAAUGUAAUUUCCAAUAGAAUAUUUACAAUUUUCUUAAUUUUUUUUCAUAUUAUUUCAAUCAGUUUAAAAUGCAAUGGUGCUAUUGGAAAUUUUUUAAUUAACACGUUUUUAUUUUUGCUUUGAUUUACUAUUUGUUUGGUGAAAGAAAAAUGAUAAAUAUAUAUUUAUAGAUUUAAUAAUUUAUUUAUAGAAAGAAAAAAAAGAAAUUAAGUCACAAAAAUUUUUUUAAAAAAAUAUUGCACUGAUUGACAAUAGAAAAUUUGUAUAUUUUUUGGGAUGUUGAAAAAAAAUCCAUUGAGAUAAAGUGUUCAUUAAUAUGUGUUUUUAAUAAAAUUAAAUAUUGGUAGAUAUUUUAGAUGGUUUUUUUUUUGUUUUUUUAAAGGCAUAUCUUGUGAGCCAAGCUAAGCAAAAUAUUUAAAAUGCAAUCUUCAAGCCUAAAUGUUUAUAUUGAUACAAAAUUAAAUUUAAAAAAAAAAAAACCGUCAUUUACAAUUGUUAAAGAACUGAGAAAUUUAAAU